UCGUCCCAGUCCCACUCUUCCUCUCAUCAACCCAAGCAUCAAUCAGCCUUCAGCUCAAAAUUCAUUCGCAACCACAAAGUCCAUACUCCACACUGACUGCUACCUACCAAUUUCCAGGCAUCACAUAGUUCAGACACAUCAAUCAACAAUGCUGUCUCCACCAACGCAAGAGAGAUCAUGGCGGGAGCGGCGAAGGCGUCGUGGAUGGUGGCGAUGAGCGUUGGCGCAGGGGAGGCCCUCAAGGACCAGGUCGGCCUCUGUCGCUGGAACUACGCCAUCAGGUCCAUCCACCGGGCAGCCAAGGCCAGGGCCAACAUCCAUGGAGGCGUCUCACAGGGCGCCAAGCAGCUUCCAGCCUCUGCGGCGGCGGUGGCGGAGAGGAGGCGAGCGGAGAAGGCCGAGGAGGGGCUGAGGACGGUGAUGUACCUCAGCUGCUGGGGUCCCAAUUAGCAGCUGCAACUUGGUACUAGCUAGGCGUGUCUGUGUUUGCUGCAACAACCAUGGCCUGAAACCUGUCCGGCUUCCCGUGGAAUCCCCCGUUGUAAAAUGCCAUGAUGAUGAUGAUGAAAAAUGAUGUUACUUGAGCCCA